AUGGUCAAAGUUGCGAGAGUGUGGCACAAGUCGUUUCCUUUACACAAACCUCUGCUAAUGACAUUUCACACCAUUCCAUCGUCAUCUUUCUCCACGUCCUCCGCUAAGCGCGUGGGCACUCACAGCGGAACCUUUCACUGCGACGAAGCCCUCGCUUGCUUCAUGCUUCGCCUUUCUAAACUCUUCUCCGGUGCAGAUAUUGUUAGAACCAGGGACCCGAAGCUUCUCGAAUCAUUGGAUGCCGUAGUCGAUGUUGGAGGCGUUUACGACCCCAUACGACACCGUUACGAUCAUCAUCAAAAGGAUUUUCACCAGGUUUUCAGUGAAUGCUUCGCCACUAAGCUCAGUAGCGCCGGACUUGUAUAUAAGCAUUUUGGGUUGGAAAUAAUUGCAAAUGUGCUUCGUCUUGACGAAGAUCAUCCUCAUGUACACCAGUUAUAUCCAGCUAUAUACAAAAACUUUGUAGAGUCAGUUGAUGCUGAGGAUAAUGGAGUGAAUCAAUAUGACUUGAACGAAUCUCAAAAAUAUGUAAUCAACACAUUCUUGGGAUCUAGAAUAGAACGAUUGAAUUUGGACUGGACGGAUUCUGAUCAGUCAUCAGAUGCAGAAAAUGAGGCUUUUCAUAGGGCAAUGGCUCUGGCUGGUGGUGAAUUUUUGGAGAAUGUGAAUUAUUAUGCAAAAUCAUGGUUGCCGGCACGGUCUAUUGUUAUGGAGUGUCUUGCAUCAAGAGAAGCUGUUGAUUCUAGUGGGGAGAUUAUAAAGCUAAAUCGAUCUUGUCCUUGGAAAUUUCACAUACAUGAGCUCGAGGAGGAAAUGAAAAUCAACCCUUCCAUCAAAUAUGUUCUUUAUCAGGAUGAUAGGAGUGAGAAGUGGAGACUACAGGCAGUGGCAAUUUCACCUGGUAGAUUUGAGAGCAGAAAACCACUACCAUAUCUUUGGAGAGGAUUGGAAAAUGACAGGCUAUCUGAGGUUGCUGGAAUCCCAGGUUGUACAUUUGUGCACAUGAGUGGUUUUAUUGGAGGAAAUCAAAGUUAUGACGGUGCUCUAGCAAUGGCAAAAACAUCUCUGAAGGCUUAG